UUGGCCGCCACCGCCUCCAAUGGGAGAGGGGCAGGCGGGGCCUGGCGGAAGCUGGGCAGCGCGGGGAGGCGGUGGCGGCGGGAUGAGCAGCUUCGGGGGCCGCACGCAGGAAUACCCCUGGGUGUCCAUCGACCGCUUCGACCGCGACAACCUACGCGCGCGGGCCUACUUUCUGUCGCACUGCCACAAGGAUCACAUGAAGGGGCUGAGGGCGCCAUCCUUGAAAAGGCGACUGGAGUGCAGCCUGAAAGUUCAUUUAUACUGUUCUCCAGUAACAAAGGAGCUGCUGCUGACCAGCCCAAAAUACAAGUUUUGGGAGACUCGCAUUAUUGCACUUGAAGUUGAAACUCCAACUCAGAUUUCUUUAGUUGAUGAAACAUCGGGUGAGAAAGAAGAUAUAGUGGUGACACUUCUCCCAGCUGGUCACUGCCCGGGAUCAGUCAUGUUUUUGUUUCAGGGUGAAAACGGCACAAUUCUUUAUACUGGGGAUUUCAGACUAGCAAAAGGAGAAGCAGCCAGGAUGGAGCUUUUGCAUUCAGGGAAAAGAGUGAAAGACAUUCAGAGUGUGUAUUUAGACACCACCUUCUGUGAUCCCAGAUUUUAUCAUAUCCCUAGCAGGGAGGAAUGUUUAAAUGGGAUAUUAAAGUUAGUACGUAGCUGGAUCACGCUGAGCCGCUAUCAUGUCGUGUGGCUGAAUUGCAAAGCUGCCUAUGGAUAUGAAUAUUUGUUCAUAAACCUCAGCGAGGAGCUUGGAACCAAGGUGCAUGUGAACAAGCUGGAUAUGUUCAAAAACAUGCCAGAAAUAUUGUACCAUGUUACUACGGAUCGGCGCACUCAAAUUCAUGCAUGCCGGCAUCCACGAGAUGAUGAGUAUCUUCGAGGGAAUAGGUUGCCCUGUGGAAUUACUUCCCAAAAUGGAACUCCACUGCGCAUCAUUAGUGUCAAACCUUCCACAAUGUGGUUUGGAGAGAGAACCAGAAAAACUGAUGUAAUAGUAAGGAUUGGGGAGAGUUCAUACAGAGCUUGUUUUUCUUUUCACUCUUCAUACAGUGAGAUUAAAGAUUUCUUAAGCUAUAUCCGUCCAAUGAAUGUGUAUCCCAAUGUAAUUCCAGUGGGAGCAACGGAGGAAAAAGCUCUUGCAAUCUUAAAGCCAUUAUGCAGGUCAUACAGGAGAAAUACUGAACCCAAAUAUAAACCACUGGGAAUGCUGAAGAGAACCAGAACAACAGACUCAACAGACACAGAUGAUGAUGAUGAGCUCUUCGAUGCAGAACUGGCUCCUAUAAGGUGUAAGAUUUCAAAACAGCAAGCAGAGACAGUGCUGCCUGUGACACAAGCUCCAUUUAAAAACUCUGAAGGAAUCCAGAGUGAGAAUGCAGGAACCACUAUGCCCACCUCUUCACAGGUUGACUUCAUAGACUGUGAGGAAUCAAAUGGUGAGGAGGAUGAAGAGGAGGAGGAUGAAGAAUUUAAUAAAAAUACAGUUUGUCCCCAGGUUGUACCCCAAGUUCCAGACUCCACUGCUGUACCAGAAAAUAUUGAGCAAAAAGCUCAUUUAGACUUGACUUGUGAGUUACCUAGUGACGAGCAGGCUGCAGAAACACCACGGUGGGAUGUUUUCUUUAAGCUGGACAGUAAAACUGAUGAUGGUUCUGAAACCGAGGACCCGCUCCCAUCUUCUGCAGAUGCUGGUGGGUCCCAGUCACCAAACUUGUUCAGUGAUUCAGAAGGGCAGAGUGAUUCUACCCACAUCUCCUCGCAGAAUUCUUCUCAGUCAACUCACAUAUCGGAGCAGGGGAGCCAGGGUUGGGACAGUCAAAUGGACACGGUGCUCAUUGCCUCCCAAGAGAGAAAUGCUGCUGAUUUCAGCUGGUUAAGCAGGGGUGGGAACAGAAUAACCACAGCUACAUCACUUUUCAUGGGUAAUCAAGCUGAUCCCAGGAGUUUGAAGCAUUUGGACCAAAAUGAACCUGGCCCAAAUAAGAUAGACUGUGAUUUGAAAGGCAAAAUCCACAAAAGAGAGACAGAUGUUACUUCUCCAACACAAAAUAUAGUACUUGAAGUAAAUAAUGACACAUCAGAAACUCCUGAUCUUGAACUGAACAGAGACUCUCAAAGCUCACCUGACUUUGAAAUCCCCUCUACCCCUGACGCUGAGUUACCUCAGCCAGAUAAGCUGCAAUAUCUUUACAAGAAACUAGCAGCAGGUGAAACAAUAUACAGAAGGAAAACCUGAGCUGUCCUUAAGAAAGAAUCCAAACUGUAUUCAGAUAUUCAUACAAAUAGGUCCUGCAUAUUUCUUCUGUUUACAUUCAGGAGCAGUUUUGGAAGGGAAAGUAAUUAGCAAUCAUGUGUUGCACUUCCUUGAAAAUCUCUCACUACUGGGGUAAGAAGGGACCUCUUGGCACUGUGAAAAUGAAGAAAUCCCUAAUGAGAGAUCUCAAAAUUCUUCUAUUUGGGAAGAGGAAAACAUUUAAUUUUUAAUUUAAAAAAAUGCAAAUUUUAAUUAAAAUAAACCAUGAAGAAGUAUGCUGCAGAAGCAAUGGAGCAAAAGAGGGAAGAUUGGACUACCAGAAGGAGUUCAGCCAAGUGAUAUUACUCCUCUAUUAGUCACAUUCCAUCCUUUAGGUCUCAUCCUUUCACCCUUCUAACCUCUGUGAAAUGUGUUGUUAAUAAACAUUUUCUACACUCUUAACUCUGCACAUACUUAAGAGAGAGGCUCUUUCAGUUAGCAAAGCAACCCUCUCCUCACUUGACUAGGAAGUCCAAUAGUAUGAUGUUUGAGGCAUCUUAGAUUUUUGCUUAGUUUUUAAAAGCUAGAACUACUGAUAGCAAAAGGGUUUGAACGAAAAUAAACAAGUAUAAAGGUAAAAGGGUGAAUUUUGGCUGAAAAAGAUAUACAAGAUGUUUAAAUGUGCUAGGCAACAUUUACCUUCUCUUUCAUAUUUCAUAUACAGUAUCCACCCGGUUCAGCUUCAAGAGUAGAUGAGUUUUCAAACUAGCAUUUAGUAAGUGACUUGAACAUGAGGCACAGGAAGAGUGCUCUUUAAUGUGAUGUUUUAACUUUCUGCAUACAAACAAGAGCGUUCCUAGUCUGAGACAUGCAAAUGCUUUAUUUAUUCAACUCUAAGACCUGGUUUCUCCCCAUUUACUGGGGGGAGAGCUCCUUGUCUUAGAAAUAAGUAUGGGGCCCUAGCUGCAGCUGUUGCCUGUCAGUGCCUACUUACCUGCCCCACUCCUCUGCAUCCUGCCAUCUCCUGCAAGCCUCUGCUCCCUGAUCUGCCCUUCUCCCUUCCAGCUUUACCUUUGCUCUGCAUCAGCAGGCUGUGUCUAUGCAGCAGCCUGGAGUACUGAGCCCAGCCCGUAGCAACAGCACACAGCCUGCACGACUGCUACGGGGCCAUGGCAGGGCCACUCUUGGUGCCACAAGCUAGAAUGGGGAUGGAGCCUGCCAUGCAGAGGCUGUGCAGGGGGUAGGGGUGAGCAGAGGCUGCAGGUGUGUGUGCAGGAGACAGAGGUAGCAGGUCACCUCCCCACUCCACUUGCUUCCCUACUGCCUGCUGCAGUGGGUGGGAUGAAGUAAAGACAACCCUCCAAUACUUAGAUACUAUACAGUACAUGGAAUAUUGUGACUAUAAAUUCUCAUAUAGAAUCCAGUUAUUUGGGGAGAUUGUCUUAAAUUCAGGAUCAUCUUAGAUUCAAGUAAAUAUGGUAUCUAAUGUACAUCACAGCAUGUUACAAAUGCAGUUCUACCUGUAGUGGCCACUUUAAGCAGCAUACCCUGGAAAGAGGAAGAUAAUUAGCGUCACUUGUCACAUGGCCCAUUCUAUUAUAGGGAGACAUUGCUGGCAGGGAGAAGCAGGUUGUCUCUGUUUUGGAGGAUGAAGCGAGUAUUCUUCCAGUUGCUCUUCACUUACAGCCCUUAGAAUGGGGAAGGACUGUGUCCUAUUCCGUUUGCAGUACAUGUGAGCUUACAUCUCAAGGAACAAUGGUCACAAACUUG